AUGAAAUCGACUUGGGCAAGACUGAAGAAUAUAAAGUUCAAAGGGAGAACGAGAAUCCCUUGGGCGGAACGAGAGGUCAACGAAUACGUCGACUAUCUCGAGCAGGAACACCCCACACUCGCACGUCAGCUGGAAAAGACCCCCUUUGUGAAGUUCCACGGUUCCCCUCAUGAAACGGAUAAAACAAAGGAUCCAUGGCACGCGUCUGCAGCGUUCCGCCGCAAGGAGGACUUCAAGGGAUCUGGCGUAUCUCUACACGUAUAUCCGGAUGGGACCGUGAUACCCUCCAAGACUGAGUUCCCCUGGUAUCAGGCGACGGCUGCAACGGCAGAAGACGUGGGCGAGGAGAACACCCAUUGGCUUGACCCUGAGUUUGUUGCCGCUUGGAAAGCGGGGGACGGGACGGAGACCGCCUUGGGUGAUAAGAAGGGCAAGGGCAAAGUUAAGGCUGAGUCCUCCAAGAGCUCUUCGUCAAAGCGGCACAAGUCGUCUGGGAAGCACGGCCCCUCCGCCGGUAGCAGCAAGGGAAAGGCUGCCGACUACAGCCUGUACAGCAUGGAUCCCAACAGCGGAGUCCUGUACCGCCAGGCGGAGAACGGCGUCACUGUGUACCUGGAUCCUGAUACCCAGCACGAGUUCUAUUAUGAUGAAGAGGGGCAGGCUGUGUGGCUUUAG